AGCAACAGCCACGAUUGUGGACACGAGCGUCUCUUGUCUGCGCAUGCGCCCGCUAAGCGGCCUGCUUCUAUUUAUGUGGGGGAUCCAACAUGGCGGUUGCAGCUACCCGGGCGAUGGCGGUAGAGCCGAUCAGAACAUAGUAGCGGGGAAGGGGGAACGGUCUGCACACACGGUGGAGUCGGAAGAGACGGCUGAGCGUGGUGGAGGGAAGAGAAACGACGGAGAGAAAAAGGAAGGACGGGCAGGCAAACAACUCGGUGUAGAACCGAGCGCCGGCUCCAUCGAAAGCACAGGGCCAGAACAGUGGGGAUGGCGGAGCCGCGCAGAGUAGCGUUUAUUAGCCUGUCACCCGUGAGGCGGCGCGAGGUCGACUACCCGAUGGCAGAACGCGAACCCGAGUACCCCCGCGAGCCUCCCCGGCUGGAGCCGCAGCCCUACCGCGAGCCGGCCCGGGCGGAGCAGGCAGCCCCGCGGGAGGCCGCCUCCCGGUCGGACGCGCAGCCCCCGGCUCGGGAGAAGCCGCUCUCCCAGCGCGAGGUCAGCCGCGUGGAGCCUCCUAUGUCGCUGCAGCGCGAGCCCCCGCGGCCCGAGCCGCCGCCGCCGCCGCUCCCGCAGCUGCACUUGCAGCCGCCCCCGCCGCGGGACUCAGCCUCCCGGGCCGAGCAGCAGCGGAGACCGCCGAGGGAGACAGUGCGCCUGGAGCUGGUGCUCAAGGAUCCCACCGACGAAAGCUGUGUGGAGUUCAGUUACCCGGAGCUGCUGCUGUGCGGAGAACAACGGAAAAAGCCCAGUCAUACAGAAGAUCCAUUUAAUGAUGAGCAUAAGGAGAGGCAAGAAGUGGAGAUGUUGGCUAAGAAGUUUGAAAUGAAAUAUGGUGGGAAACCCCGUAAACAUCGGAAGGAUCGCCUGCAAGAUUUAAUUGACAUUGGCUUUGGCUAUGAUGAGACAGAUCCAUUUAUUGAUAACUCAGAGGCUUAUGAUGAAUUAGUUCCUGCUUCUUUAACAACAAAAUAUGGAGGCUUUUAUAUCAACACGGGCACUCUACAAUUUCGCCAAGCUUCAGAUACUGAAGAGGAAGAUAUUACAGACAACCAGAAGCACAAGCCACCCAAAGUUUCCAAAAUAAAAGAAGAUGAUAUUGAGAUAAAGAAGCGGAAGCGGAAAGAGGAGGGGGAAAAGGAGAAGAAGCCAAGGAAAAAAGUACCUAAACAACUAGGAGUUGUGGCUCUAAAUUCACACAAGUCUGAAAAAAAGAAGAAACGUUAUAAAGACUCUCUUUCUCUAGCUGCAAUGAUCCGAAAAUUUCAGAAAGAGAAGGAUGCAUUAAAGAAGAAGGAGUCAAACCCCAAAGUCCCAGUGACCUUAUCAGCUUCCUCUCUGAAUAAAUGUCCCUCUGCUGCUGUAGCAUUUGGAAAUGAUGUCUCUGACUUAAAUCUGAACAGUGCUGAUCCAGACCUCCCCAUUUUUGUUAGCACAAAUGAACAUGAACUAUUUCAGGAAGCUGAAAAUGCCCUAGAGAUGCUAGAUGACUUUGACUUUGACAGAUUAUUGGAUGCUGCUUCUGAUGGUAGCCCCUUGUCUGAGUCAGGGGGAGAAAAUGGAAACACUACUCAGCCAACUUACACCUCUCAGAUUAUCCCCAAGCUGGUACCUAUGCUCCCAGAGGGUCUACCUGUACUUCUUGAAAAACGUAUCGAAGACCUCCGCAUAGCUGCCAAAGUUUUUGAUGAAGAAGGAAGGAAAAAAUUCUUUACACAGGAUAUGAAUAAUAUUCUUCUGGACAUUGAGUUACAGCUACAGGAAUUAGGCCCUGUUAUGCGUAGUGGUGUCUAUUCCCAUCUUGAAGCUUUUGUGCCAUGUAAUAAAGAAACGCUGGUAAAACGUCUAAAGAAGUUACAUCUCAAUGUCCAGGAUGAUCGUUUGAGAGAACCUCUGCAAAAACUGAAACUGGCUGUUAGCAAUGUUAUGCCUGAACAACUGUUUAAAUACCAGGAGGACUGCCAAGCUCGAAGUCAAGCAAAGUGUGCCAAGUUGCAAACAGAUGAAGAACGAGAAAAGAAUGGAUCUGAGGAAGAUGAUGAUGAAAAACCAGGGAAACGUGUCAUAGGACCAAGAAAGAAAUUCCACUGGAAUGACACCAUUAGAACUUUGUUAUGCAACCUUGUUGAAAUCAAAUUGGGAUGCUAUGAGUUAGAGCCAAAUAAAAGCCAGUCUGCUGAGGAUUAUCUUAAAUCCUUUAUGGAGACAGAGGUGAAACCAUUAUGGCCUAAGGGCUGGAUGCAGGCAAGAAUGCUUUUUAAGGAAAGUCGGAGUGUUCAUAAUCAUCUUACUUCUGCUCUGGCAAAGAAAAAGGUGAUUCCUGCACCUAAACCCAAAGUAAAGGAGUGUAGUCCAAAAAAGGAACAGAAAAUUCCUGCAUCCUUGGUGGCUUCAGUUGGUGGUCCCUCAACGAGUUCCAACACAUCUGCUAUUGCCUCAACCAGUUCUAGUUCCACACCAGCCCAAGAAACCAUCUGCCUUGAUGACUCACUAGAUGAAGACCUUUCUUUCCAUUCAUCUUCACUGGAUCUUGUUUCUGAAGCUUUAGCUGUUAUCAACAAUGGGAACAAAGGCCCCCCAAUUGGAUCAAGGAUAAGCAUGCCAACUGCAAAACCUCGUCCAGGACUGAGAGAAGAAAAAUUAGCAAGUAUUAUGAGUAAGCUGCCACUGGCUACUCCCAAAAAACUAGAUUCUACUCAGACUGCACAUUCAUCAAGUCUUAUUGCUGGCCACACAGGGCCAGUACCAAAGAAACCGCAGGAUUUAGCUCAUACUGGCAUCUCUUCAGGCCUUAUUGCUGGUUCUUCAAUUCAGAACCCUAAAGUUUCCUUAGAACCUUUGCCAGCCAGGCUACUUCAGCAAGGACUGCAGAGGUCAAGCCAGAUUCAUACUUCCUCUUCACAGACCCAUGUCUCCUCUUCUUCCCAAGCCCAAGUUGCUGCCUCCUCUCAUGCUCUGGGAACAUCAGAGACCCAGGAUGCUUCUUCGUUAACACAAGUAACAAAGGUGCACCAGCAUUCAGCUGUCCAGCAAAACUAUGUGUCUCCAUUACAGGCAACCAUUAGUAAGUCACAGACCAACCCAGUGGUGAAAUUAAGUAAUAAUCCCCAACUUUCCUGUUCAUCCCCGCUUAUUAAGACUUCAGAUAAGCCACUUAUGUACCGCCUUCCUUUAUCUACUCCCUCAUCUGGAAAUGGUUCUCAAGGGUCCCAUCCCCUGGUUUCUAGGACAGUACCUAGCACCACUACCUCCAGUAACUAUUUAGCCAAGGCUAUGGUGUCACAAAUCUCCACGCAGGGUUUCAAAUCUCCUUUCUCAAUGGCUGCAUCCCCAAAACUUGCCACCUCUCCGAAACCUGCCACAUCUCCUAAACCCUUGCCCUCACCUAAGCCUUCUGCCUCACCUAAGCCCUCACUGUCAGCUAAACCUUCAGUAUCGACUAAAGUUAUUUCUAAAUCGAACCCAACCCCCAAGCCCACUGUAUCUCCAAAUUCUUCCAGUCCAAAUGCACUAGUAGCCCAGAGUAGCCACUCCAGUAGUAACAACCCAGUCCAUAAACAGUCCAGUGGAAUAAACAUCAGCAGACAGUCUCCCACCUUGAAUUUAUUGCCAUCUAAUCGCACCUCAGGCCUUCCAUCUACAAAAAGUCUUCAGGCCUCUUCAAAGCUAACAAACUCAUCAUCCACUGGAACUGUUGGGAAGAAUAGCUUGAGUGGAAUUGCAGUGAAUGUACCUGCCAGCAGAGGUAGCAACCUUAACUCAAACGGAGCUAAUAGGACUAAUCUAUCUGGGGGAUCAGGAAGUGGAACACAGGGUGCUACUAAACCGUUGUCUACUCCACAUAGACCAUCCUCUGCCUCAGGGUCUUCAGUGGUAACAGCCAGUGUGCAGUCCACAGCAGGAGCAUCAUUAUUGGCUAAUGCCUCACCUCUGACUCUCAUGACAUCACCUUUGUCUGUAACAAAUCAAAAUGUGACUCCUUUUGGGAUGCUGGGUGGCCUUGUUCCAGUGACCAUGCCCUUCCAGUUUCCCUUGGAGCUACUUGGCUUUGGAACGGACACAGCUGGAGUGACAACCACCUCGGGAUCUACCUCAGCCGCUUUCCACCAUAGCCUAACUCAGAAUUUACUAAAGGGUUUACAGCCAGGAGCUCAGCAUGCAGCAACACUUUCCCACUCACCACUGCCUACACAUUUACAGCAAACAUUUAACGAUGGAGGCCAAAGUAAAGGGGACACUAAAUUACCACGGAAAUCUCAGUGACUUCCCAGCAAGCAAAGGAGAUGAAACAUUUAAUUGGUUGAUGGAGUCUACCUGAUGGGAAAGUACUUAUGUGGUCACAGGGCUGCUGUUUCUGUCGAUGUUUACAUUCUCUCGUCCCAAGCACUGUGGUGAAGAGAAAAAAGAAAAGAAAACAUUACUUGAUCAAAGCCAGGUGCAGGAGGAAGAAAUGCUUUUGUGCAAAGUUAGUGACCUUUGGUCUCUUCUAAAGAAAGACAAAGUUACCAUGUUAACUGACUUAAAAGAGACUCAGUUGUCAAACCCACAGAAGUACAAAUUUGAUUUUUCCCAGGGGAGGGAAAAAGAAGUUGAGAGGAUUUGGGUAAACUCCAUCCAUCCUGGGGGUUGGAUCUGAACACUCAUAGACAUAACUGCAUAAAAUAAAAGUCAGUAUAUCUGGAAUUAGGCCAGUUUGUCAGGAGUAAUAAUCAUGCCUGUGUAUGUGGACUAUACAGCAAAUAAUCAGUUUGCCACAAAAAAAAUUAAUGACCCUAUGUCUGAUACAGACAGUAUCUGAGUAACUACUGUAUCCUCAAAAAUCCUGACCAGACUUGAACCUUCUCCAGCAUGUAGCAACUUCCCGUGUAGAACAGUGGACUAAAGAUGCUGUCAGAAAGUUAUUAGCCCAGUGAUAUAUAUUAUUAUAUCAUCUAGGUUUUUUUUAAAGUCAGGAAGUUGAGGCUGUUGCUCUUAAGAAACAAAAUCUAAAUGUUCCCUUUUUGUAAAAGGGUCAAUUUCAUCUUCCAUUCAGAAGCAGGUACUUAGCUCUUUUCUUCAGGUGAUUUGUGCAUCUGGUAUUGAUUAGAUUAAUUCUUAUUUCCUUUCUUGAUGUUUAAAUGUGACUGUGUUCACAUUUUUUUUCUUGAGAAAUGGGGAUCCUUUGAGAUAUGGCUGCUGCUUUGGUGCUCUUAGCCCUUGCAGGCCUACCAACAUGAACUGUAGUUUUUCCCUAAAUUCACCUCAGUUCACAAUUUCUAUUCUUUUAGCUAGUGGUAUUUCAGGGGAUUAUUAGCUAAUAUGAACAGGGAAGUAUGUGCACUACAUAUACUUCUUCACUGGUCAUUCUGAAUAGCAUAUAUUUUUUUGAAUUUUGAAGAUGGUAUUUUAAAGGAAGAAAUUACAUUAGGGUCAUUAAGUAUAAAGGAUUGAUUUUUUAUAACAAUCACAGCAUAGUAUUUUUACUCCCUAUAUCCAGUGUAGUGAAGUUGAUGUGGAGUAUUUGGGAUCUUAAAGCUUUUCUAAUAUUUACUCAGAGUGUUGGUAUGAGUAAACUUGCAGCCAGUAAGACUCCUUAGUUAUUACAGCUCCCUUAUGCAAAUAGCAUAUUCAACGAAGGAUGUUAAGAGAGAAAUUUAUGGUUCUGUUUGAAUACACUUUGAUUUUCUCAUCUCAUUGUUUUAUUCCAUCACCUCCCCCACCCCCCCAUUUAGACUUUUGAAUGUUUUCAAACUGUACCCAUAAGAAUGGUAUAAACUCUUUACUUGUCCGUGUGUAACAGGCUAAUCUAAAAAGCAAACAAACAAACAAAAAUCUAUUCAGCAUCAGGUAGUGGGUAGUAGUCUAUUACUAGCAGCUAGAUUCUCUGCAUUUGUUUUCAUUACACAUCACCCUAUACCAUUAACUUUAUUUAAAUUAAAGUAUUUAACAGGUCCUUUUCCUUUUAUAAACGAAAAUCCCCGAAAGCCUAUAGGACUGUGAAUAAAUUACCACAGAGCUGAUUCAGAUCUGUACACAUGUAUUUUGCUUUCAGAGCCACAUUGGCUUGUUUCAAUAGCAAAAAAAGUUAAUGAAUAACUGAAAAUUUUAGUUCCAAGAACUUGUUACAAUAAGGGGAAAGGAUUACUUCAUGAGUCAUUAAUAUAAUUUCUUGCUUCUAAGAAUUUAGUUUACCAGUAAAACAAACAAGAGUGAUGUAUCAUCCAACUCCAGUGGAUAGUUUGGAAGGAUAUUGGGAUGUUUCAGAGGGGUUUGACUUGAGCAUGUUUGGUUGAGGUGUUUUUUUUUUUUUUUUUUGGUUUUUUAGUUAGGGAAGCUUACCCAAUUCUUGGUUUAUUCCAAGGUAGGGGACAUCUUGUUUUUAAUCUAAUUUGUUAAAAACAAAAAGAGAGAAAGGAAAAAAAUGUCUGCUAAUACUAUCUGGUUAAGUGAUAGGAGUUUUUCUUUGGGAAGAUAACUUGUUUUACUUCCCGUACCAAAAAGGAAGUCAGGUCUUUCAGAGUGCAUAUUAAUGUCUCUUUCUGCUCUUAAUUAUGCAUGUAUGCAUGUGUGUGCUUAUAUAUACACACACAGACAUAUAUAAAACUUCUUACUGGUUUAAAUCAAAGAAUAAUAAUAAUUUCUCAAGUCCGUUAAUUCUGAAUCAUGCCAUAUGAAGAUCUCUGAUGACUCUUCUUUGUCAUCAUUAAAAAAGAACAGGAUUAUGAAUUUUUUUUCUCCAGUAUCAUUUUGUACUAACCAGUAAAAAUAUCUGAAGACCCUUGGCUCUGGUAAGUCCAUAUGUUUGGAGACUGUAUUUUAUUCUCUUCAGUCUUGAUUCCUUAAGGACUGUUAUCACAUCCCCACCUCACUCCCCCCACCCCCACAUUUUCACUACCAACUUAUAUCCAUUUCAGUCAAGUCCACCUUUUUAUGUUGUACAAAUGAGUGAAACAUCCUUGUAUUUCUGUACAGAUAAUGUUCAGAGAGUUCCUACAUGUAAAUACAGACCUAUUUCUUUUCUAGAUCAUAACAUUGAAAAUGGUGUCCAUACUUUAUGGUCACCUCUCUAUAGUUUUUCUUAGUAAAAAACCAAACAUAUAAAUUGGUUAUUUUUAGCAUAGAGACUUACUUUUGACUCAUACUGUAUUUUUGCACUUAAUCAAAUUAUGUUAUUUUUUAAAAUAAUGAGUAAUUGGAGAGGAUAUAGAACAAUGUGUAUUUCUGAAGAGUGUUAGCAACAUCCCAAUGCAAAAAUAAUCAGCACACUUAAUUAUGUCCCAUUCAGCGGGACUCUUGAUUCAGGAAGACUAAACUGUUUUCAACUGUCUUAUAUUUUAAAUUGCCUUCACUGAUCUAUAAGCUGUUACUGUACAUACAAGUUACUCCUCAGUAUUCACAAGCAAUAAUGGUCAGCAGAGUUGUCUCCAAAGACAAUAGUGCUGAGCCUGCGGUUGGAGACUGUUUGGGAGCAAGGUGUCAAGCUCAUUCAGAGCCUCCAAGAUAAAUGCUAGCAAUAAUUUCCAUUAUAAGUCAAUUAUAAUUCUUUUCUCAUAUGCUUCUGCAAUCAGAGGGUUAAAAAAAUCAUGAUUUUUAAAUAGCCUGAAGAAAAAAAAGUUUUGGGAAAAGAAGUGAGUUUAAUCACAAGUGACAAAAUCCUGAUCUCAUUUUCAGUAAGUCAGAGAUUGUGUUAGUACAUUCUUUCAUGCCCACCACCCCUUUGAUGGAUGUUGUUAGCCCAAAUUACGUUUUUAUAUCAUCAAAGUUGACUAGGGUUUAUUGUAUCACCAAGGUAAGGGGAAGAACCAGGCACAUUGUUUGAAUACUGUGGGUUUGACACCUGUUUGGAAACAACUUAUUGGAAAUGACUUUUAACCCAAGAUAUGUUUUUUUUCCCAAAGCAGGUCUAAAUUGUUUACUACCCAGGGUUGGGAAGGGCAGAGACGUCUAGUCUUUCUCCUCUGGUUCCCUUUAGCGUUCCCCUUUCCACCUCUACUUGGUUCAAGAUGUUUUCUGAAAGGAAAAUUCUACUGUUAUUCAAACUGCCAUUGAUUGAGAACUCUAUAUCCCUUGGGAUCCUCUUAAAACUCAAAUUAUCUAUCAUAUUUGCUGCUACGUUUGUAAAAGAACUUUGCCUGUAUUGGUCGACUUUAAUUUACAGUUCAUUUGUAGUGGGAGUUAGCAUAUAAUUUGACCCAUGUAUAGAAUUAGGAUACUUUAUUUUAGGAGUGUACCAUAAAAGCACACUGGUCCCUGUAUUGUUUUUAUCCUUUAGGUUUUGAAUUUGUGUUUGCUUGUUUGUUUGUUUUCGUUUCGUUUUAAAAGUCGGAAAUAGAAAAAUGAGAAAAACCUAUAAUCAGGCCAAACUCAAGAACUUUCCAUGUGCUUCAGCACUAAAUUUCUGCUGACCUUAUGUUCUGAAAAGGGGCACUUUUAUUUUCUGUUGUGUGUAUAUGAUUGUUUUUUGUUUGUUUUGGGUGGUGGUUUUUAUUUUGUGUUGGGGUGUUUUGUUUUUGUAAUAAGCAGAAGAAAAAUGCAGUAGUAGGUAAAUGACUGAAUACAAACAUGUUAUGCAAUUUUAUUUUAUAAAAUUUUAAGGGGAAAAGUUUAGCUCUUUGUAAAUUAUUUCUUAGCUCUGGUAAAAUGCUUAUAUUACUCCUCUAAAACAUGCUCUGUUCAGGCCUUUGUCUUUGUUAAGUGCCUUUUUUUUUUUUUUUCUUUUCCCCACUCUUUUGGAACUGUUCUCAGAUAUUCUAAAGUACAGGCUGAUAAGUCAGGGAUGCAGGAGGAAGAAUCUCAAACUUGCCAAGGUCAUGUAAUGCUGUAACACUCUUCCUUUUCUUUAUAUGUGUAUGGAUAUAUGUGUAAAAUACAUACAUACAUAUAUAUAUGUAAUAUAUAUAAAAACCUAGUAGCUGCUAUACCAUGCAUCUUUCCAAGCACUCCCUUUCCCUAAUGUUUGCAAAACUUCUGCCUUGUUUAUUCCAUUGCUUUUAGUAGAUUAAAAUGGGCGGUUGGAAAAUCGUCUUUUCACAAGAUGCUAUCUUCCCCCCUUUGAAUAUCUGUUGCAGAAGUUGACAAAAAUAUAUAAUAAGUUGGCUAUUAUAAGUAAAAUAAAUUUAGUAAACUCAUGGACUAUUCCUGGAUGUAACCCACUGCUCUGUGCCCUUCAGACUUCUGAUGAAGUAAUCCAGGAGAAAGCAUUGGAAUAACAAGAGUAUUUUGUGGUCAGGUUGAUAAGGUUCACUAUGGCAGGUAAGACUAAAGAGACAGGGGAGG